GUUUUUGCAAAUUCACUUUUUGAACCAUACAAUUUGAAUUGGAAAUAAAAGUUAUCUGUAUAAGACUAUCAGUCAUAUCAUAAUUUGAUAAAUAUUUGAGCGUUCGUAAUCUUCGAUAUAAAAAUUAUAAUUUGAACAGAAUCUACUUCAAAGUUUUGUAUACGAUAUUUCCUUAAGCACAAGUUAAAUAUUUGUGAUAAGUGAUAACACUAUCGAAAUUUAGUUUUUGUUUUGUACCAUCCAAGUGGCGUGUGCUUCGUUCCACAGUCUAUAAAAAUGGCGUUAUCGAAACCUAUUAUGAAUCUAGUUGCUUCCUAUUUACAAAACCUGUAUAUACACCCGAUUAAAACUAAAUCUAUAACCAGCUGUGUAAUUGGCUGUGCUGGCAGUAUAGCAUCUCAAGUAGUUGCUGGAGAGAAGCUGAAGUUGGAUCCAAUUUUUGCAUAUGGACUAUAUGGGUUGAUAUUUGGAGGUACUAUACCACAUUAUGUCUAUGAAGUCAUUGAGAGAUUAUUUCCAUAUGAUUCAGCAUUUCCAUUGGCCAAGAAGCUUAUAUUUGAGAGACUUAUAGUGGCACCAUUUAUGCAGGCUUUCUCGUUAUACACACUAGCAAGAUUUGAGGGAAAGAAUCACAAAGCUGCAGUCAAACAACUUUAUACUUUGUAUAUGACUGUACUAGAAGCCAAUUGGAAAUGGCUUACACUAUUCCAAGUCAUAAACAUGGCCUUUAUACCACCAAUGUUACGUGUUCUUUUUAUGAAUGCUGUCGGACUUGGAUGGGCGAUGUUCGUAGCCUCGAAAAGGCGUCAAAGUCAGAAAAAAGAAUGAUUGCUUCCUAAUUAAAGACUGGUGGUGGCAAUAUCAUUGGUACAGAAUUUUUAUUAGGCUUGUUAUCUUUUAAUUGUGAUAAGACAUGUUUUGCAUAUUUUAAGAUAUUUUUUAUAGCAUGGUUACAAUGGGGGUUAUCUUUGCGGCAUAAAUAUAGUGAAACAUAAAAAAAAUACUCUUGCAUUUGAAUGCAUAUAUAAGGAUUCAAAUUUAGUCUUUAACAUUGCAACAAUAAAAAUAUCAUAUAUGUGAGUACAAUUAAAUAACAUUUGUUAAAUUACAUUUACCAUAAUAAAAUUCUUACCAACAUAACUUUAACAUUUCCUCUUGGAUAAUGAUAUGGGUGUUCAGGGUUAAAUUGUAUAAAGUAAUUAUUUGAGAAAUAUAUAUACGCUUUUAUACAAAUAUGUAAUAAAAUAUGUAUAUUUGCUAUUUCGAAGGGUUAGAUGAGUGAAGGUUAGUAAAAUUACAUUAAAUGAGUUAUCUAUUUUAUUGUACAUAAAACCAAUGUUGAAUGUUGUUGUAUCAAGUUUUUUAUGGUUUAUUAAACAUUGACAAAGUCAAAACUGUUUAAGAAUUUGCAAGUUUUAUAUUUGUAUGUUUUUAAUAAAACUUUCAAUU